AUGCAUCAGGACAGGCAGGAACGGGCUGAGGAUGGGCUGCAGGAGGGGCCGGGCACCUUCCAAGGGCUGAGCCCUGCUGAGGCCGUGGCCGUGCUGGCGCUGCUGGAGGAGCACGAGGAGCCCCUGCUGAGCCACUCCGUGGCCUUUGCCGAGCACCUGGAACGGGAGCUGCGGGAGCUGGAGGAGGCCAACCUGCAGGCCAUCCUCUCCUCGGAGCAGCAGCUGGCGCAGCUGAUGGGCGCCCUGGACGAGGCCCUGGCCGAGGUGGGCAGGCUGGAGCAGAGCCUGCAGGUGUGUGAGGAGCUGCUGGGCGCUGUGAGGCACAGGAUGGACCACAUCCACCAGGAGAGCUCCCUGCUGCAGUGCCUGGCCUCCAACAGGAGCAGGCUGAUGGAUGAGAUCCUGCUCCUCACGACCCAGCUGCAGCUGAGCAGGGAGCACUGUGCUGCCCUGAGCAGGGCAGACCUGUCCAGCCCCGCGGCCAUUGAGGCCUGCACGGCCGCAGCCCAGGCUCUGUCCUCCUGCAUGGAGCUCCCCAUCCAGCCCUGUUACCGGAAGCUGCAGGCAGUGGCUGAGCAGCUGAUCCUGUUUGAAACCCUCAAGCAGAACUUCGAGAGCUCCUUCAUCAGCCAUAUCACCAACAUCUUCGAGCUGCAGGGCAAUUCCCAGGUCCCUGCUCUUGGUGGCACCGUGGCUGCCCCAGGGCACAGACCCCACCACGAGGAGCUGCUGCCCUUCACCCCCCUGAUGGCCUGGCUGAGGAGCUCCAACCCUGCUCUGUUCUGGGACCUCUCCAAGGUGUACUCCCAGAACUUUGGCAGGCUCUACGAGCGGGAAAUCAGAGCCCUUUUCGAGCAGGCCAAGAUCUCCCUGUCAGGAAGAAGAAAAGGAAGUCUGCAGGAGACGUGGGAGAAGCCAGCAGGGAGCAGGCAGCCGCGGUGGAGCCUCCCCAGGAGCAGGGACAGCCAGGAGGACGCCCUGGCCAGGGGCAGCAUGAGCAGGGUGUUGGAGCAGGUGCUGAACGAGCUGCAGCCCCUCUGCACCUCGGAGCAGCAAUUCCUGCAGGAAUUCUUCUGCCUCGGCUGUGGCUCCGUGGAGCUGGAGGUGAGGGGAUCUGCCACCAAGGCAGGAGAGCCCGCAGCAGCUCCAGAGGACCCUCCUUGCUCCAAGAGCCAGAGCCAGGCAGAAGAAGCCACAACCCAACUGCUGAGUGAGAUCUUCAGCUGCCUGGAGCUGGAGCUGAGGGCAUUUCUGGAUGUCUGCGGCAAGGCUCAGCCCCUGGGCUGCCUGCAGGUCCUGGUGGCCCUGAGUGACUCCAUGCUGGGCACCCCAGGCCUUUCCUCAUCUCCCUCCUCGUCCUUCCUGCACUCCCUCCUGGGCAACGUGCUGCUCCUGGCCAAGAGCAACCUCAACAAAUGCAUCGGGACCUUGUGCAAGGAGAUGGAGGAGGCCAAGCCUGCCAGCAGGACCAGAGGGGGGAUCCUGCCCUGUGUCAGCCGCUUCCAGGAGCUGGUGGCCCUCUCUGAGGAGAUGUUCCAGACGUGCCAGCGCCGGGGGGAGCUGGACAGGGCCCAGCUCAGGCUGGCCAGCAGCGUCCUCAGCAGCAUCAGCAGCCUCUCCUCAGCCAACCUGAAGGUGAACACGGAUAUGGUGAUGAUGGAAAACUUCCACCACAUCCACAACUUCCUGUGCCAAAGGAACAUCCCCUGCCUGGAGGGCAAGAAGAGAGAGGCCAAGCAAAGGUGCAGGGAGCACAUGGAGAAAUACAUCUCCACCUACGUGGGCCAGCCCCUGGAGAGGCUCAAGCAUUUCUUCGAGGGUGUCAAGGCCCGCCUGGCUCAGGGAGUGAAGGAAGAGGAGCUCAGUUUCCAGCUGGCCUACAGCAAGCAGGAACUGCGGAAAGUCAUCCAAAAAUAUCCUGGCAAGGAAGUCAAAAGGGCCCUGGAGAGCCUCUACAGGACAAUGCACAAACAUCUGUCCCCUGAGGGAAACCUGCUGCCGGUGGUGUGGCAGGCCAUGGAGCAGGGAUUCAUCCGGCAGUACCAAGAGUUUGAGGAGCUCAUCCAACGCUGCUAUGCAGGAGCAGGGAUUGCCCUGGAUUUCACCAUGGAGGACUUGCUGAGCUACUUCAACUCCAUCACCAUGGCCAACAUGUAG